AUGGCUCGUCCAACAGGCCGUCCACCUUCACGGCAGCCAGAUGUGCCAUUGAACGAGAUCUCCACGUCUUCGGAAACGAAUAUUCCAUCGCCCGGAGACAGCGGCAUCAAUAUAGUUGAUUGUGAUCUGUCUCUCGACAACUUUUUGGACAGCAUUGGCAUGCAGCAUACAGAUUCUAUCUUGGACAGCAACAGCCUUGACGAUUUUCAAUCAUUCUCUCAACUACCGGCCGGCCUAAAUGCCAAUUCGCCAACCCCCAAGGUACCACAGCAGCCACGAGGAGAUCUAGGACCAGCCUCUCAAUCUGCUACUUCUCCAUACCAGUUCAACAAUACUUUAUUUAUGCCGCAGGCUGGCCCCACGGAUCUUGGAUUGUCGUUAUGCAGCCCCGACCGUGUUGAGACACUACUCUCCCAGCUCCACUUGGAGCUCUGCAAUCUACUCUCUUGCGUCCGAUCGGCCCCGUGGGACGUCCAAGAUGUCCUCAGACUGACUAUAUCUCCUGAGAGCAACGGCAGCCACGAUGGAGAAAUCUGGGAUUCACAUCCUCUGGUUCAAGUUGCCAGAAUUUCGAAAGAAUUAGAAAAGCUCUUAGCCAACCUUCGACCGUCGACGGUAGCGGCCGUACACACCCCACAAACAAUCACGUACGAUUCCGGUUCGCCAACUCUUUGCACUACCCAGCUCCUCGUAGCAUUAUCCUGCUAUAUCCAGAUUGUUUCUAUAUACGAUAGUAUCUUUUCUACCGUGUUCGAAUACUUAGCCACCGGCGGCCCUGCGGCAACUUUGGCUUCUAUAUCGACCUCGCAGCAGCCGCAGCACCUCUCCACGCCGACGCUGUACCUGGGCGGGCUACCACUUCUACCAAACCGGAAGCUCUGUGGGAUACUGUUAGUGCAUCAAAUAGAGCACCAGUUGGAGCGGAUAGAGAUUUUUGUUGGCUUACCAGAGCAGUACCGCAUAUCUGCUACAUCUAGAGAUGAAAGCAAAGAUGUGGUCAAUGGGUUAUUUGCGGGACAGCAUAGCCAGUCUCUCUUGCAUGCAGUAUUUCAAGUAGGGGAAUUCCGCCCAGAGGACGACACACGAUCCGUUCUUUCGUUAAAAAUGAAGAUGCGACAGAUGAAAGACCUUUAG